CAAUAAUAACAAAUGAAUGGGAAUUUUGGCCACAGUAAAACAAAGACUGUGCCUGUAACGAGUUUUCCAAAUGGGAGGGUCACAACCAUGCUGCAAAAUUCUUAUUCCAAUAAAAUUGGCCCCAAUGCAAGAGUGAAGACCUAUUCGAGAGCACAGAUACUUGGUCAAAACAUUAAAAACUUUAGAAUGCAAGAUGGGAAUAGACAUAUUGUAAAAUAACCCCAACUUUAUUAAUAAUAGUUUCAGCAGGAGCAAGAGUGUCUAUAAAGACCAAGAUCUUGCCAGGAAUGGAUCCACUGGGUCAAGAUCCACAGCCUCUCAUUCUACUGGACUCCCUCCUGCAUUGAAAAAAAAUUGUUCGAUAUCUGCAGACUAUGGGCAUAAUUAUGACCAGAAGGUCGCUGAAAAUGUGAAUAAACGGGGCAAUUCUAUUAAGGAUAAAAUAUUCAAGAAUAUUUCUGCAAAUAAUCACUCCUCAAUGAAAUCAACAGGUCGUGGUGGGGAUAGAGCAUGGGCCCUAAACGGAAAUAAUGCUAAUAAAAAUGAUUAUUCAGGAAAGAAAAUGAUGGAGUCCUCCACCGACUUGUCCUAUUCUAACAACCCAGAGGUGUCAAAUAGGCAGCCUUCUAAAAGAAUUAAUUCUCUAGGAAGAUCAGAUUCGAGUAUUAGGUCUAGCAAGAAUAAAAUCCAGCUUGAGAAAAUACCUCCUACGACUAUUGGGUUGGACUACACUAUUAUCCAUGUAAUCGACGAGAACAAGAAGAAGGAAAAGGAUUUCAAAUGCUCCCUGCCCAUACUUCUCAAGCAUAUGAAAUAUUUUGAGCGACACCUAAAAUCGCCUGAUUCCUCUGAAGACAUCGACAUCAGCGUUCACUGAGAUGUAGCAAUUUUCGAAUGGUUAUUAAACUACAUUGAGCAUAAUGAGAGAAUCGAGAAAAAUAACGAAGCUAUCAAAUUCUAUGACGUUGUCACCAAGGAUGGGGAUAACUACAAAACUGCUACAACUGUUAAGCGAAGAAAGCCCACAUUUGAAACGGAAACUGCAAUUUCGAUCCUGAUUUCCUCGGAAUAUCUCAAGAUGGAAAAGCUUAUUGAUGAGUGUGUUGACUAUUUCAUUUCCAAAAUGAAUGAUAUCCUACGAUUGCCAAUAGAUAUGAGCUGUAUUAGCUCUUCACUCCAAAGAAAAAUAUCGACUAGAAUGUCUGACUUGCAGCUAGAUGAAAUUAAGGAUAAAAAGGACAAGCUCAUAAGUAAACUCUACAUGAAUAAGCUUCACAUCUUACUGGAAGACGAUAGUAAGACCCUCCAUAAAUGAAAUUAUUGCCAUAAUUUGUUCACUCAGAACCAGAUGGACAAAUUCGGAUGACCCAAAGCUAAGAUUUUUAUUGAUUUCCAUGGAAAAGUCAUUGCAGAUCACAUGUUUGACAGAUCUUUUGACAUCAAGAAAUUCAUUAGCUUCUGUAAGAAUACAAUGAAACUGACCUGGAAGCAAAUUUAUUGGAAAAUCUAUGCCCACACUGUAGAUUUCGAGUGAAGAACAUGUAAUAAGAAGUUCAACGGUGCGUAUGCAAAGCAUUGAUAUUACCAUCCAAAUAAAGCUAUUUUCUCGUUUGGAUCCAACAAAGGAGUUUAUCAAUGCUGCAAACAAGAAACUCUCAGGUUUGAUACUAGUAUUAGGAACGAUGGUUGAAAAGCAAUGGACCAUAUUCCAAAGUCAAAUGACUUGUUUUUCCAAAGACUUUGUGAGCUAAACCGAGUGCAGUGGACACAAGAGCCAUACCCAUCCACUAUUGUUAAUGAUGAAGAAGAACUUGGAUGAGAAUCUGCUAAAGAAAAUAAACCUAAAAUCUUCGCUAUCUCCGAAAUGAUCAAGAAAUAUAACAAAGAAUCUGAUGCUUCUUGGAUGAUAGUUGAUGAAGACGAAGAUGAGGAUAAUCCUGAAAGUCCCAAUAGAAGAAGUUCAGUCAGUCCAAAUCGGAAAAGAUUCACUCCUCUGAGGAAAGGGAAUAGUAUUUCACCUAACCGUUCAAACAAGAACCAGAAGAACUAUAAUAGCACUAAUCUUCAAAACUUUUCCACUACUAGCAAGCUCAACAUAGAGGAAAACAACAUCUCGAAGGAGGAGACUAAGGAAGAAGUCAAACAGCCUUCUCAGAAUGAGGAAAAAGACAGGGCUUCUACUCAGAAUCUGGUCAUUGAGAAGGCCACUAAUGACACUAGUACGGAUAAUCUUGUAGAGAGUCAGAAAUAAGGCUCCAAAAUCACCAUCCAAAAAGAAGAGGAGCAAAAGGACAAAAGUUCAGGCUGUUAGCCUUCCAUCGCUGUCUAAAUAAAGCUCUCAGAGAUUGUCAAAGAGAUGCUCGAAGAGAGCAAGAUAAACAAAAUAUGAGUGACCUUAUCAGCGAUCUAAAGAAAGCAAGAAGGGAUGAAUUCUCUCGCAAAGACCGACUCUCACUAAACAAAGCUUAUCAAAAGUUCCUUAAAAAGGAAGGGAUUCAGAUAAACCCAAGGAGGAUAAUCAAGAAAUCUAAGCUAAUAAAGAAGCCAAAUCUGAACCGGGUGUUCUCAUAGACACAUCUAAGGUCUGAGGGCACUUAUAGCCAUACCAAAGCCGACUUGUACAUGGCUCUAAAUAGCUAAUUUAUGUCAUAAAAUAACUU